AUGGCCGACUUCACUGAAUAUGGUACGCCUAGCGCCGAAUGGAUCGCCCUAGAGUCGACCCUGCCUGAGCCCCCCAAGGACCUCUCGGUAGAACAAUUAAAGGAACUGCAAAAUAAGGGGCGCGAGGCAAGGGCCGCCCACGAUAUGCUCGAUGGUCUUGGUGCCGCAGUUCAACUACACGACUACACAAUUACAGCUCGCGACGGCACGCCCCUCGAAGCACGCACCUACCGCCCCGUCGGCAUCCCAGUCUCCGAGCGCCUGCCCGUUUACGUCCAUUUUCACGGCGGCGGUUUCCUUUUCGGGACACUUUCUUCUGAAGACGCCAUUUGCUCGCGGAUUGUCACCUCGCGUGUCCAGAAGGGUGCCCCAGUCGUGGUCUUGAAUGUCAACUACCGACACAGCCCCGAAUAUAUCUAUCCCACUGCUUGGAAUGACUCUGAAGAUGCAUUCGUCUGGCUACACGAGAACAUUGCCGAGAUUGGCGGGAUCAGCGAGCAGGUUGUCGUGGGCGGUAUUUCAGCUGGUGCAUGGUUGACUGCGUCAUUGGCACUGGCUCAGCUGCGCGGCGAGGAUAAGCGUUUAGCAGCCUGCCCAAAGAUUGCGGGACAGGUCCUCAUGAUUCCUUGUGUUGUGCAAUGGGAUCACUAUGCGCCGAGACUGGAGCAGCUCAAGAGUCCUGAGUUGUCGAGCUAUGUGCAAUGCGCCGAGGCUCCUGUCUUGCCGGUGGCUCGAAUGAGGUUGUUCAGCGGGCUUCUUGGGCUUAACGACGCCAAGGAUGCUGCUGGAGAUCGUCGGAUGAACCCUGGAAAUGCCACCGCGGAUGAGGUUAAGAACUUGCCUCCGACGACGUUUGGGAUCGCGGGAAAUGACCCGUUGAGAGAUGAGGGUCUGUUUUAUGGACAGCAUCUCGCUGCGAACGGCAUUCCUACUAAUGUUCAUGUUUUCCCCGGUGUCCCGCAUGGAUUCAGGAGAUACAAGCAGCUGCCCGACAGCAAGAGAUGGGACGAGGUUAUGAGCGACGGCAUUGCCUGGGCACUGUCAAGUCCUGCGCCUGGUCCGUUUGAGAUCAAAUCGAAAUAG